AUGAAGAGCGAGGAAUCCCCACCUCCCCUCCCCGGCCUCUGAAUGGUCUAACCCACGGGUUCACAUGGCACCCCCCACCCAUGUGUUGUUUUUAGCCUCAUAUAGUGCCGAGUUCUGCCUCGGUGAGAUUAGGUUGCAGCCACGCUGUCCGUCCUUGUGCCCCCACCCCCCCUUCCCAAAACAACCAGUUUGGAUUAGUCACACAGCUUCCUCUCUCCAGGAACCAACAUGAACGGCACCACGGACGGGACCUACGAGCGAGCUCCUCAUGACGGCUCCUUCAUGUUCACCUCAGAGUCCGUGGGAGAGGGACACCCCGAUAAGAUCUGUGACCAGAUCAGUGACGCCGUGCUGGAUGCUCACCUGAGCCAGGACCCCGACGCCAAGGUGGCCUGUGAGACGGUGUGUAAGACCGGCAUGGUGCUGCUCUGUGGCGAGAUCACGUCCAGAGCCACUGUGGACUACCAGAAGGUGGUGAGGGACACCAUCCGAGACAUCGGAUACGACAACUCGGACAAGGGCUUUGACUAUAAGACCUGUAACCUGCUGGUGGCCCUGGAGCAGCAGUCUCCGGACAUCGCACAGGGAGUCCACAUCGAUCGUCUGGAGAGCGACAUCGGAGCCGGAGACCAGGGCCUGAUGUUCGGAUACGCCACGGAUGAGACGGAGGAGUGCAUGCCCCUCACCGUCGUCCUGGCGCACAAACUCAACGCCAAGAUGGCCGAGCUCAGACGCAACGGGUCGGUCCCCUGGCUGCGCCCGGACUCCAAGACGCAGGUGACGGUUCACUACACCCAGGAGAACGGCGCCGUGGUCCCCAAGAGGGUCCACACCGUGGUGGUCUCGGUGCAGCACGACGACGACGUGAGCCUGGAGGAGCAGAAGGAGGUCCUGAGGGAGAAGGUCAUCAAGGUGGUGGUCCCCGCCAAGUACCUGGACAACGACACCGUGUACCACCUGCAGCCCAGCGGACGCUUCGUCAUCGGCGGGCCGCAGGGGGACGCCGGAGUGACGGGCAGGAAGAUCAUCGUGGACACGUACGGAGGCUGGGGGGCGCACGGCGGGGGGGCUUUCUCCGGGAAGGACUACACCAAGGUGGACCGGUCGGCCGCCUACGCCGCGCGCUGGGUGGCCAAGUCUCUGGUGAAGGCCGAGCUGUGCAGGAGGGUCCUGGUGCAGGUGUCGUACGCCAUCGGAGUCGCCCACCCGAUCUCCAUCUCCCUCUUCACCUACGGCUCCUCCCAGAAGAGCGAGAAGGAGCUGCUGCAGAUCGUGAACAAGAACUUCGACCUCAGACCCGGCGUCAUCGUCAGAGACCUGGACCUGAAGAGACCCAUCUACCAGAAGACGGCCUGCUACGGUCACUUUGGCAGGAAGGAGUUUCCCUGGGAGGUCCCGAAGAACCUCAACUUCUAAAGUAUCUGUGUGUGUGUGAGCAUGUGUGUGUUUGUGGGUGAGUAAUGUAUAGAUAUAAAUGACCCGCCGUGCUCCUGUAACCCGGUAAGGCGCGGGGUGUGGGGGGGGGGUAUGGUCAGGGUGGGUGCAGAUACUCUCUGCUCAUUGGACCAUUGGAGAACGUUUCCUCCUUUAAUAGUGACUUGAAAUACGAGCCAGCUGUUUGGUAUUUUUGUCCCUGAGAGAUGCAGUCACAUGACAGCAGUUUGUUUCACACCUAAAAACUGGUUGUUUGAAACUAUUUUCUGUCCAGAAAUAAGAGAGGGAACUCAGUGAUAUUACAUUUCCGCAGGUUUUAGUGUCACUCUGGAUGAAACAUCUCCGUUCUCACAUGAAGUAAAGACACCAACGUCAGCACCAAAAUCCAAACCUGCACCGUGAAUCCAAUAUUGUAGUUUGAUGUUAUUUGUUAUGAAUACGUGAACGUGAUGAAAGACCUGUAGAGUCUUGAUCUACAUUAAAGAAAAAAAGAUAUACAGCAAGUUUCCCAAAGAAGUUUAGUCACCUAUAAAUUCUUUGCUGCAUGCAGCUUAACAUUUAUACUAGAUAUGUUCAUUUUAGAUGUAGUGUUUUCGUAUGAUAGAUAGCAGAAAGGUAUUUAAAAUAAACUGUUAUUUGGUAUUAAGGGAAGGGCAGACCUUUUCCCUAACCACACUGUGGUAUUCGCUCCCAUGAGAUUCAUGUACGGGACGAAAGAGUGGUACGUUUCUUAUGAUUUGACUUGAAAGACCCGAUGACACUUUUUAUUGAGUUUAUUUUAUAUAAUAAAUAGCUACAGUUUUUAGUAUUGAAUCUAAAGUCUUACUAGUUUUCAGAAUUCAAGGUACAUAGCUGCUUUCUUCAUUCAACAUCAUAUUUUCUUCUACGGUAAUUUAAGGUGAAACAAAUGUUUCUUACUUUUUACAUUAUUUGGUACAAAAAAUAAAUGUGAAGUCAAACUAUAGAAGUUUUAGCAUUGAAGCCACUAAUAACUACAGGUUGUAGUUUACAAUCGGAAAAAUAAAUUGCAUUAGCAUGAUAAUAUUGUAACUAUUGUUAUUUAGUUUAAAAGUCUUACUAGUUUUUAGCGUUUCUUCAUCAAAUCAAACCGGCAUUGUGAACAUGAUGUUAUCGUCACAGCUCGUUGGAGGUGAAACAGCUGUUUGAGUUUUGUAUUAUUUGGUACUUGGGGAACUGCAGAGACACGUGGAGAGUGUUGAAUUUCAAAUGUUAGCGACUCAUGACUCUUGGAUUAGAGAAAUCCUGAAUGCUUUGAAACAUGCGUACUUAUACAACAGGUUCUAGUGUCGACUCUGAAGGUCUUAAAUAAUUACAAUACAUACUGAACAUGUCUUACUUUUCAGUCUCUUCAGUGUUAUAUUAUUUUACACUAAGAACUGUGUGAUGUCAUAAUUGCUUGCGGAUGUCUGCUAAACAAAAGAAGAUGUUUAAAAGUCACAGAACCCAAAGAAAAACUUCUUGAAUAAUGUAAAUAUGAGUUUUGAACAAUAAAACAUUUUAAAAAACA